UUCCACAACUAAUCCAAAAAAAAGAAAAGAAAAGUGUAAAGCAGUUUUCACGGAACAAGCACCAACUGCACUUAUCCAGUUGGGUGCAGAGCAUCAAGUGACAAUGGCCCUGACCACAGGUCAAAAGUGAACCCAGGUUGAAAUUAAAAUAUAGGGUGAGUUAAAUUAGACAUUUCUGUGAAGCGCCGAAUGCUUUGUUUGCCCAUCCAUUCGCAACAAAUCUCUGAUACCGCAGCUUCAAUCUGUCCAUUUCUUCAUUUUAAUCUUGAGAAGCAAGGUGAAGUGGGAGUUUCCAAUUAAAAAACACAGGGUUAGAGGAGAAUGCACCAUGUUGGAUUUUGUUGAGUUGCCAAAUUUGUAGGCUAAGGAUGUUGGAGGAUGUUAAAAUGCAAGGUGUUAUUCGAGCUGUCCAAAUCCAUGGAAGUAUCUUGAGAAAUGCAAUACUACAUCGUCUUCGUGUUGUUGAACCGUCUAUGAGAUCUAAUGUUAUAGUUCGUCAUGAGUCUGCCUCUCCUAACUUGGAAGAACAUGGUUUUGAAAGUGCUACUAUUUCGGAUAUUUUGAAAGCAAAGGGCAAAAGUGCAGAUGGCUCUUGGUUGUGGUGUGGUACUGAUGAUACAGUUUAUGAUGCUGUGAAGUCAAUGACUCAGCACAAUGUUGGAGCACUGUUGGUGGUAAAACCUGGUGCAGAGCAGUCAAUUGCAGGAAUUAUCACAGAAAGAGAUUAUCUCAGAAAGAUCAUUGUACAAGGAAGGUCUUCGAAAACAACCAAAGUAGGAGAUAUUAUGACUGAGGAAAAUAAGCUUAUCACAGUAAGACCAUCUACGAAGGUAUUGCAGGCAAUGCAACUUAUGUCAGAUAACCGUAUCAGGCACAUCCCUGUUCUUGAGGGAAAGGCUAUGAUUGGAAUGGUUUCAAUUGGAGAUGUUGUUCGAGCAGUGGUGGAUGAGCACCGAGAGGAAUUGAAACGCCUAAAUGAAUUUAUCCAAGGUGGAUACUAGAUGAUGAUGAAAACUUAGAUGGUUGGAUGCAGACCUUGCCUGACAAUGAAGCUGUCUUUAUUGUUGCACAAAAUGCUAUGUAGGGUUUUUCACAUCUGUAAUACCUAAUGAAUAUGAUAAUAAGGAGAAAACUUCCAACUAGAAUUCAUAUGAAUUAUAGAUGGAGCUUGAAAGUUGUUUAUAAAUGUAAUUGAAAACUUACUUUGAGAGGAAUUUGUUCUUUAUGUUUUGAUUAAGGAAUUUGUUCUUAUGUUGA